CUGUCACUUUUCAGGAAAUCACUUCAUCAAAAACUGGACUUCUCAGGUGGUUACAGCAGAUUAAUGAAGAUGGAAUCAGCAUUGUCACGGAUGUGCCAUUAGAUGAUCAUCGGGUAGCACAGGUCGCCGAACUAGUUGGUCCUGUAGCUAGUACCAUAUAUGGAACA